ACAGCGUGAGUGAUGUGUGAUAGGGAAAGGCUGAACAUAGAUAAUUGUGUGAACCAGUGAAAAGCUAAGAUGUACUGUUAAGAGCAUAGGACAAUGCUAUAUAAAUACAGACCCUUUUCUAUAAUGUACUUGAUAAAAGUGCUUGCAUUAUGCUGUGCUCUACUGUGACAUCAUUAUCAAUAGUCUUGAUUGAGGAAUAUGUACUAGCACACUGUCGAUCCACGAUCUCUUUCUCAGAAGAUGGAGCCUUGUUCGGGCUACACGGCCGCUGGCUAGAGUUACCUGUGUGAAAGUGACACCUGCAGCUCUAGAUCACGUGAGGACAGGUGACACAGAUACAGGCUCAGGAGAGGUCCACUGCUGCCCUGCACACAACAUCCUUGAGCAGCAGCAUAACACUCUUCAGGUCAACUGUGGAUCUAUUCAAUGCAAUAUUAUUUCCACUUGGCUUUCCCUGCAUAAAUCUUUUGCAAGGGCAUUUAUUUCACCAUGACCGUAAAGCAUCUCUCACUGGAGUACAACAAGCUGAAUGAACGAGGGACCUUCUCGCCAGGGGACGUCAUCUCUGGAAAGGUGACCGUGGUGACCAACAAGGAAACCAAAGUGCAGCGUUUCCUGGUCCGAGCAAAAGGAAAAGCUGAGGUGACGUGGUGCGAACAUGAAGGACAAACCAUAGCGGUUCAAAGCGACAAGAGGAAAUACUUUUAUUUCGAACACAUUAUUCUCCAGGAUAAAAACAAGGGAGAUGGCUCAGAAAUCAUCAACCCUGGGAGAAACGUGUAUCCUUUCACCUUUGUUAUUCCCAAUAGGGAUAUGCCCUCGUCUUAUGAAGGGAAAUGGGGCAAGAUCACUUAUAGUCUACGAGCACAGCUGACUCAGUCGAUCUGGCUCGUCCACAAAACCAAGAUGGAGUUUCCUUUCCUCACCAGGUCUGAGUUCCCCUUUGCCUCCAGAUCAGAGACGAUGAUCAUCGGACUCAAGGAGCAGCAAAGUGCGACCACGAUUUCAUUUUACGGCCUUGGAAAGGUGACCAUGAAUGUUAUCUCUGAGAAAAUGGGAGUGAAGCAAGGAGAGGCGUUGGGAGUGUCUGUAGAAGUGCUCAAUGACUCAGCGCGCACAGUCACACCCAAAUUUUACCUCUGUGAGAAGCAGACGUUUGUCGCCCAGACGAAAAGGGCCGUGCACACAGACGACGUGCUCUUUGGGACAGGAGACUCUGUCCCGGCCCAGACGAGUCGCGUCGUCACCAAAGUUCUGAGUAUCCCUCCACAGACGCACCCCACUUUCUUCAACUGCUGCCUGAUGAAACUCGAGUACAGACUCAAGGUCACUCUCGAUGUACCGCUGGCUAGAGACCCGGAGAUCAAACUUCCUCUGGUCGUCCUGCAGGGUUCACCAAAGCCACAUCAACAAAAACCAAAGAGAUCCAUCUGGUUCAGGAAACUUCCUGGUUGAAAGGAU